AUGCAAUUUGAAGAAAUCAUCCACAACGAAGGCUUGAGAGAAUACACUGUUCGAACUCAAUCACCAUUCUCAUGGAUAGUCAUUGACAUAUGUCUUUUUAUGCUGAUCGCAUUGCGCCUUGCAAGUGAAUGUUUCCAACAUGCUAUUCCAUCCACGUUAGCUUCUGGACAGAUGCCACAUCCACUUGAUACAACUUUGUUUAUGACUGCUACUCAGACUCGAAUACACAUUCAAGACGUAGAACGCUCAAUAGAAUAUUGGCGUAUGCUGUGGCUAUGGGUAGAGUUGUUUUUGGGAAAGUUACAGUCGGACAUAUGUCGAUCUACUGUCGAUUUGCGGGCUUUGUCAAUUUCAAUAUGGAGCUCGACAUCUGGACUUGCAGCAUUCGCAUCAGAAAUGCAAGCAUGCAUGGCAUGGUUGUCUCGGUCUGAUGUCAGUCUCUGCAUUCUAUUACUAGUUGUUUUCCGCAUCAUUUUAAAAAUAUCUCAGGUCACAUCAGAAUCAGUGUUGGUAUUUCGAGACAUGGGAAUUCAGCUACAGACACGGUUUUGGGGUGGAUUCCGCUCAACCACACGGUUUAUCCCUGCAUCAAAAAUCUUGUCUGUGAUCAUCAAUGAAGGAAUCACACUCUGGCAGGUGAAGUUUUAUUUGGCGAUUGUCAUUGAAGGCGAAAAUGAAAUGACAGUUGCAUUUUCGAGAACACUUCCUAGAUUACAUAUAUUAGAACGAGUCUAUGUCAAUAUUCGAUCAACACUGAUGCACGAUUAG